UGGGACCCGGGCCGUACCGGGCCACCAGGCUGUGGAACGAAACUGUUGAGCUUUUUCGCUCUAGGAUGCCUUUACGGAAACAUCGUUGUCGGUUCAAAAGUUACGAACAUUGCUUCACAGCGGCUGAAGCUGUGGACUGGCUACAUGACCUGCUGAGGUACAAUCAGAACUUUGGCCCUGAAGUGACCCGCAAACAGACGGUGCAGCUGCUAAAAAAAUUCCUGAAGAAUCAUGUUAUCGAAGAUAUCAAGGGCAAAUGGGGUCAGGAAGAUUUUGAAGACAAUGGUCACUUGUACAGAGCACCCCAUAGCAGUCCUUUGUUGCAGUGACUUUUCA